CGCCGGCUCACGUGACCGCAGCCCUGCAGCUCCCUCUAUGGAGGUGUAUGGCCGUUGGUGAAGGCUGUUUUGUAUUUACCCCCACAAUGCACCGCGCGCUCCGCGGGAAACCAAAAUGGCGAAGGUCUGUAACCGAACCGGGCCGUUUGCUGUCCCUAUGUAAGCUGCGGGCUGUCACCUGGAGCCGGAGCGGAAGACUGACCGGAGACCACUCGGUUGUGCGCACUGGUGAUUUCGCUGUGGGGGCGCUCGGCGCCACUGAAGUGACCGAAUGAGAGACGCAACUGCUGCAAGCAAUUCAUUGGUCCUUAAAAGAUCCCCUUUCCGACAAAAUAAGAAGGCCUUGAAGUCCUUGACUAAAUCAUCUGUGCGGCAUGGACAGAAGACUAAGAGACGAGCUUGCAAAUUUGAGGAAGGUCAGGAUGUCUUAGCACGAUGGUCCGAUGGAUUGUUUUAUCUUGGAACUAUCGAAAGGAUAAAUAAAUUUCACCAGAGCUGUUUUAUAAUAUUCGAAGAUAGCUCCAAAUCUUGGGUGCUGUGGAAGGACAUUCAGACAGGAGCCUGUGAAAGUGGGGAAAUGGUUUGUACAAUAUGUCAGGAAGAAUAUUCUGAAGCACCAAAUGAAAUUGUUAUUUGCGACAAGUGUGGGCAAGGUCUGUAUAAUUUGUGCGUUAGUCCUUUAGAACUUUUAAUAAAAUCCCAGAAACAUACCGCCAUACAUUACAUUUUAUCCUAUAUGGAUACAUUGAUCCCAUUAUGUGGUUUGUUCUUUUUGAUUCCUAGGGUAGACAUAGCACACCUCUGCCUAUACAAUCUAAGUGUUAUUCAUAAAAAGAAGUACUUUGAUUCAGAACUUGAACUCAUCACGUAUAUAAAUGAUAACUGGGAUCUAUUACAUCCUGGCGAGCUGGCAGACACACCCAAAUCAGAAAGAUAUGAACAUAUUCUGGAUGCAUUAAAUGAAAAUAAGACCAUGUUUAUGUCUGGAAAGGAAAUAAAGAAGAAAAAACACUUGUUUGGUCUAAGAAUUCGGGUUCCUCCUGUUCCUCCAAAUGCUGCUGUUAAACUUGAGAAGGAAGAAAGCACGUCCCAUGAGUUCAAGAUCAAGGGUAGAAAGUCAUCAAAACUGCUGCCUAUUGUGAAGAGGAAAUCUCCCCCUACUCCUGGAAGAGGCGAGGAAAACAAUACUGAAGUCAAGAAACGGAAACCAGUGGGUCGUCCUCCAGGCUCGUAUAGAAGAAAGAUCUUACAGAAUGACACCUGUAAUAGCCCCUGUCCGAAAACGGAGAACGAUGUGAUAUUGAGGACUAACAGUUUUGAUUCAUCGGAUCAAAGAAAGAAAGCGGACAUCACCACCACCUUUUCAUCUAGUAACUCUGAUUUUGAGUCCAAUGGAGCCGCCAGUUCCAAAGAAACUACCUCAGCGAGCCUUCCCAGUCCUCCAUCAGACAUGAGAAAGGUUACUCGCACUGGACGUUCCUGGUCGACCCCUAUACCACCACCCAGAAAGCGAGGCCGUCAUCCUCGAAAGGCUCUUCAAGCUCAUAACUCAGACAUUGGAAGGAACGAUGAAAGUAAAGAGGAUUCUCAGCUUACCGGACUUAACACUGAUAUCGUUAAAAAUGUAACAGAUCAUGACUUGCAGCUGCAUCACCUGAAGAAUUCCAUUACCAAUUACUUUGGGGCAGCUGGAAGAAUAGCAUGUGGCGAAAAAUACCGCAUUUUGGCUCGUCGAGUAACUCUUGACGGGAAGGUGCAGUAUCUUGUGGAGUGGGAUGGAGCCACUGCCUCCUGACCUCCGUUCUGGACAGCCUUCUUCUUUCUCCCCCCCUCCAGGGUUUCUUGAAGUGAUAUAUAACUUAUUAUUCACCCUUUUACUGCCAAAGUGCCUACAACACACAUGGUAGCAAAUGGGUGCUGGAACAGAGACACAAAAAUUUAGGUUUAUUUUUAAUGCAUUUGACUGGUGAUAAUAGAGAACAUUGCUUUUAACCAAAUAUCUGCAACGGUGCACAUCUGCGAGAAUGGCGUGGUUUACAGUAUUCUUCUAAGGCAGGCAUUAAUGUUUUGUGUAUGUCAUGUGGGGGUUUGUGUCUAAGACAGAUUAGCCCUGUAGUAAAUGGGUUGAUACCUCUAUGUCUAGUACAUCAGGUAAAUUUGAAUCCGUUAUUUCCUGGAGGUGCAGAUUGUACUUUUAGGAUCCCUUUUGUUAUCACAGAGGCUCUAAACCUUUUUGUCACAAUUACUUACUAGACAGGUCAGAGCUACGUACACACACUUAUGGAUGCAAAUGGAAGCAGUGGCAUCCAAGUGACAUUUAUUCUAAAUCAGGUCUCUGAAAAAAUGAGGACUGCAGCACUCGCCACAACUGGUACAUAUUGAUCAUGUACAUAAUAUACUGUGCAGUGAGCUGUGGUACAAGACUGAUCAAUACAUGGACUAACCAUGUGCUAUUUAAAAAAAUAUAUAUAUCUUUUUGGACUUGGCUUUGCUUCAGUCCCGGGUAUUUGUGAGUCUCCAGUGAUCCAUGCCAGGUGCAGCAGUGCAGAUCCUGUUUGUUCUUGAAUGGUUUGCAAUAUAAAGUGUGGAUAAACCAUUUCUACCUCUAAGAUUUGAAAUGUUAGGCAUCCAGACAGCACAUAUAUAAUAAAAUAAAAAUGCCAUUGCCGAAAUGCAACCUUUGCAAUCAAUUAUGAUAUCAACCACUGAUAUGUUGGUGGCUAGGUAGGCUUAUUACUCAAGUUUUUGAAAACACAAAAUCUAACAGGAUUUCUGUUGGAUCAUCUUCUCGGGGUGCCAGGGGCAUAGUGGCUUGUGUCAUGCUGCCAAAAAAUAAAUAAAAAAAUUUGGUUUUGCCAUCUGGUUUUCUGCUGCACAGGUGAAGCACAUUGGUACUAUAUGCUUCAUUUGUAAACUUCAAGUUGUAGUAAAACAGUUUUUUGCCUCGCCGUUUACAAACUUGCGGCACAAACUGCUGCAUGUACAGGUGCUCUUAAAGGGGUUGUCUUAUCUCAACAUGUAUUGCAUAUUCUCAGUAUGCUAAACAUGUUGAGAGGUGGGACUCGUGUCUAUCUUCAGAAUGGGGUCCCCAAAGUGAAGGGAGAGCAGCAGCACCUGUGUAGUUACCUUCCAUUCACCGCUAUAACAGUUCCGAAAAUAUCAGGAGUUGGAUUCCCGUGUGCAGCUCGCUCUUCGUUCCAAAAAAUAACUGAGCCGUUUUCAGAAGUCCCAUAGGAGUGAAUGGAGAGCCGCACGUGCACUUUAGUCGCCUUCACUUGAGCGGGUUCCAGAGAUGGCAUAUUCCAGCAUUAUGCCAUGCUUCUUGAGGCAGGGACAACCCCUUUAAAGAAAUAUUGCUGCAGAGUCUAUGUUGGGACACUUGCUUCUAUUGCAAACCCCUGCACCUAUUUCUGAGCACAGUUUAAAUGGCAAAAUAUGAAAAUAAAUUCUAAUGUGCAUUUUUAAAUUGGCAUAGUUUCUGCAAUCUGCACUGCCGAUCUCCGGGCUGUGCCUCUGAUGGCACUAAUGGCACCAAAUCUGAGGUGUUCUUAAUCCUUAAAAAAUAAAAAUAAAAAAUGUAAACAUAUUAUGCAAUUGGUAAGAUGUCAGACUCUGUACCAAGGCAUGUGAUCGGGAGCUUUCUGGUCACACGGAAGGGGGUAUAUGGUUUACUGUCGAAACCAGGAUGAUGACGUGAUUGUCUACUGUAGCAGUUGGUGAGUUUACUGCCAUUCACCUUGAUGGUAGUGCCAGUGGUGCUGUAGCCUCCUUCGCUCCUCGUUUGAUACUAGACAUGACUGGCACUGUUGUCUUAGAGCAAUGUAUUUAAGAAUUCUUUAUAUUUUGUACAUUGACUGUAUGUACGUAGGUAGGUAGUCUUGUUUUAUUGUUUCUUUUCAAAUGUGAUCUAUGCAAUAUAUUUUUAUUUUUCCUAUUAUGUGACCAGGACAGGUAAAAAAUUGAUUUUUUUAUGUUGGGCGCAUUUGCAGUAUUGACACACUAGGUAGCCAGAAGCGCGGACCUUUUUGUCUAAUAUUUUUGCCGGCUCUUAUUUUAAUUUGUUAAUAAAUUUUGUAUCGGGGGGGAGAGACCUGUACUGGCCCUUCAUAUCUGACUGAGGCCCAGCAGUGUACCGUGCCUGCAUUUUGUCAAGACCUUCCACAAAUGAGCGAUUCUACCCUCUUUUAAGACUUGAUAACCCAUGCGUGAUAAUUGGUAUGUGUUUCCCCCACUUUCCUCUGGUUUGUAUACACAAACAGUAUAUUUUG